AACAAAGAUUCAUUCCAAAUUUCCCCUCCUUUUCUCUUCCUUCAAGCUUUGUCCUGCAUUUUGUUUUCAUCAUUGUUCUUUAAAUCAGGAAAUGAUUAUGAAUAUGAAUCAGUGCAUUGAACAACUUGGACACUAUUUAUGCACUGAUUAUUUUCAUAGUAUCUAUUGUUAAGUAAAAGAGAUAACAGGCAUCGGUUUUCAUGACUCCAUGGACUUGAGGGACGCAAAAGUUGGCUUCUUUCUGUUUUGUAGUUUCUGUCUUGUCACUUUCUCUGAACAAGAUGGUUUCUUUAGUCUUUCUUGUGGUGGAAGAACCAGUUUCAGGGAUUCAUCUAACAUUUCGUGGGUACCAGACACCACCUACGUAACCACAGGAAAGACUACUACCAUCACAUACAGUGAUGGUUCCAACUCACUGAACAUCUCAGCUCGGUUCUUCCCAAAUUCUAGAAGGCGAAAAUGUUACAGAAUACCAGUGAACAAUUCAACUACUUUGGUUCUUGUUAGAGCAAAAUUUGUGUACAAGAACUAUGAUGGACUUGGGAAACCCCCUAAGUUCUAUGUUUCAAUUGGGACAUCUAUUGCAGCCGCCAUAAAUCUUGCUGAAGAUGAUCCAUGGAGUGAAGAGUUUUUAUGGACAGUCAACAUGGAUACACUGUCAUUCUGCUUAAUUGCAAUGCCUGAAGGGGCUUCACCUGUAAUUUCUUCUCUUGAAAUCAGACCACUUCCUCAGGGAGCCUACACAAAUGGUAUGACAGAUUUUCCUAACAAGUUGCUUAAGAAGAGUUAUAGAAUUGAUUGUGGGCACUCAAAGGAUUCCAUAAGGUAUCCUUUGGAUCCAUUUGAUAGAAUAUGGGAUGCUGAUAGAAGUUUCACACCCUUUCAUGUUGCCAUUGGGUUUAAGAUUCAACUUAGCUUCAGACAGUCUAGUCUUGUAGAAGAACCACCAGUUGUUGUUCUUCAAACUGGGAGAGUUUUGGCAAGAAGUAAUACUCUGACAUACAACCUCCCUCUUGAUGCAUUAGGGGACUACUACAUCAUCCUCUACUUUGCAGGGAUUCUUCCUGUCUUCCCCUCAUUUGAUGUUCUUAUAAAUGGAGAACUAGUAAAAUCAAACUACAAAAUAAAUGGCUCUGAAACCAGUGCUUUAUACAUAACGCGAAGGGGAAUUGGGAGCUUGAAUAUAACAUUAAAGAGUAUCAGCUUUUAUCCUCAGAUCAAUGCAUUUGAGGUUUAUAAGAUGGUUGAUAUUCCAAAUGAUGCUUCAUCAACCACAGUUUCAGCACUGCAGGUUAUUCAGCAGUCCACUGGAUUGGAUCUUGGAUGGCAGGAUGAUCCAUGUCUGCCUUCCCCAUGGGAGAAAAUUCACUGUGAAGGAAGCCUUGUUACAUCAUUGGAUCUUUCAGACAUAAAUUUGAGAUCCAUUAGUCCUACAUUUGGUGACUUGUUAGACCUCAAAAUAUUGGAUUUGCACAACACAUCACUUACUGGUGAAAUACAGAAUUUGGAUGGCUUGCAGCAUCUUGAGAAACUGAACUUAAGUUUCAAUCAGUUAACAUCUAUUGGUGCAGACCUCCAGAACUUGAUUAACCUUCAAAUAUUAGACUUGCAGAACAAUAGUUUAAUGGGAACAGUACCUGAUAGCUUGGGAGAGUUAGAGGACCUCCACUUACUGAAUCUGGAAAACAACAAACUACAAGGUCCUCUGCCACAGUCUUUGAACAAAGAAACAUUGGAGAUCAGGUAUACAAUAAAUAUUCUUGUCUCAAGAAACAGCAUUUAUGUUAAUUCCUUGAUCAUUUGCAGGACAUCUGUAAAAGAGAUAACAGGCAUCGGUUUUCAUGACUCCAUGGACUUGAGGGACGCAAAAGUUGGCUUCUUUCUGUUUUGUAGUUUCUGUCUUGUCACUUUCUCUGAACAAGAUGGUUUCUUUAGUCUUUCUUGUGGUGGAAGAACCAGUUUCAGGGAUUCAUCUAACAUUUCGUGGGUACCAGACACCACCUACGUAACCACAGGAAAGACUACUACCAUCACAUACAGUGAUGGUUCCAACUCACUGAACAUCUCAGCUCGGUUCUUCCCAAAUUCUAGAAGGCGAAAAUGUUACAGAAUACCAGUGAACAAUUCAACUACUUUGGUUCUUGUUAGAGCAAAAUUUGUGUACAAGAACUAUGAUGGACUUGGGAAACCCCCUAAGUUCUAUGUUUCAAUUGGGACAUCUAUUGCAGCCGCCAUAAAUCUUGCUGAAGAUGAUCCAUGGAGUGAAGAGUUUUUAUGGACAGUCAACAUGGAUACACUGUCAUUCUGCUUAAUUGCAAUGCCUGAAGGGGCUUCACCUGUAAUUUCUUCUCUUGAAAUCAGACCACUUCCUCAGGGAGCCUACACAAAUGGUAUGACAGAUUUUCCUAACAAGUUGCUUAAGAAGAGUUAUAGAAUUGAUUGUGGGCACUCAAAGGAUUCCAUAAGGUAUCCUUUGGAUCCAUUUGAUAGAAUAUGGGAUGCUGAUAGAAGUUUCACACCCUUUCAUGUUGCCAUUGGGUUUAAGAUUCAACUUAGCUUCAGACAGUCUAGUCUUGUAGAAGAACCACCAGUUGUUGUUCUUCAAACUGGGAGAGUUUUGGCAAGAAGUAAUACUCUGACAUACAACCUCCCUCUUGAUGCAUUAGGGGACUACUACAUCAUCCUCUACUUUGCAGGGAUUCUUCCUGUCUUCCCCUCAUUUGAUGUUCUUAUAAAUGGAGAACUAGUAAAAUCAAACUACAAAAUAAAUGGAUCUGAAACCAGUGCUUUAUACAUAACGCGAAAGGGAAUUGGGAGCUUGAAUAUAACAUUAAAGAGUAUCAGCUUUUAUCCUCAGAUCAAUGCAUUUGAGGUUUAUAAGAUGGUUGAUAUUCCAAAUGAUGCAUCAUCAACCACAGUUUCAGCACUGCAGGUUAUUCAGCAGUCCACUGGAUUGGAUCUUGGAUGGCAGGAUGAUCCAUGUCUGCCUUCCCCAUGGGAGAAAAUUCACUGUGAAGGAAGCCUUGUUACAUCAUUGGAUCUUUCAGACAUAAAUUUGAGAUCCAUUAGUCCUACAUUUGGUGACUUGUUAGACCUCAAAAUAUUGGAUUUGCACAACACAUCACUUACUGGUGAAAUACAGAAUUUGGAUGGCUUGCAGCAUCUUGAGAAACUGAACUUAAGUUUCAAUCAGUUAACAUCUAUUGGUGCAGACCUCCAGAACUUGAUUAACCUUCAAAUAUUAGACUUGCAGAACAAUAGUUUAAUGGGAACAGUACCUGAUAGCUUGGGAGAGUUAGAGGACCUCCACUUACUGAAUCUGGAAAACAACAAACUACAAGGUCCUCUGCCACAGUCUUUGAACAAAGAAACAUUGGAGAUCAGGACAUCUGGUAAUUUGUGUCUUACCUUUUCCACAACAUCAUGUAAUGAUGAUGCAUCAUCAUCCAAUCCUCCAAUUGAAGCACCACAAGUUACUGUAGUUCCUCAGAAGAAGCACAAUGUACAUAACAAUCUAGCAAUCAUACUAGCCACGGUUGGAGGAGCCAUAAUAGCCUUUCUCUUAAUGUGUAUUUCAGUAUUGAUAUACAAGACCAAACAACACUAUGAAGCCUCCCACACAUCAAGAGGAGAAAUGGAUACAAGGAACUGGGGUGCUGCAAAAGUAUUUUCCUACAAAGAAAUCAAAGUAGCUACAAGAAACUUCAAGGAAAUCAUAGGAAAGGGUAGUUUUGGAUCUGUUUAUCUUGGUAAACUUCCAGAAGGAAAAUCUGUAGCUGUCAAAGUUCGUUUUGACAGAUCUCAACUGGGUGCUGAUUCAUUCAUCAAUGAGGUUAAUCUUUUAUCAAAAAUCCGGCAUCAAAAUCUUGUGUCUUUGGAAGGAUUUUGUCAUGAAAGAAAGCAUCAGAUAUUGGUUUAUGAGUACUUGCCUGGGGGAUCCCUGGCUGAUCAUCUCUAUGGUUGUCAAAAAAUUUCCUUAAGCUGGGUGAGAAGGCUGAAAAUUGCUGUUGAUGCAGCAAAAGGUUUGGACUAUUUGCACAAUGGAAGUGAACCAAGAAUCAUACAUCGUGAUGUGAAGUGCAGUAACAUCCUCUUGGACAUGGAAAUGAAUGGCAAGGUCUGUGACUUAGGUCUCUCUAAGCAAGUAACUCAAGCAGAUGCAACUCAUGUCACCACUGUUGUUAAGGGCACUGCUGGUUACCUUGAUCCAGAGUAUUAUUCCACUCAACAGUUGACAGAGAAAAGUGAUGUAUAUAGCUUUGGAGUUGUUCUUUUGGAACUCAUUUGUGGAAGAGAGCCAUUGACUCACUCUGGAAACCCUGAUUCAUUCAACUUGGUGUUAUGGGCCAAACCAUACUUGCAGGCUGGUGCAUAUGAGAUAGUGGAUGAAGACAUAAGAGGAAGUUUUGAUCCCUUGAGUAUGAAGAAAGCAGCUUUCAUUGCUAUAGAGUCAGUGCACAGGGAUGCAUCACAGAGGCCAUCUAUUGCAGAGGUAUUGACAGAGCUAAAGGAAGCCUACGAUAUUCAGCUCAGAUUCCUUGAAUCAUCAAUCUAA